GCAACUGUGGACAGAGGCUGCACAAAUGAAGAUAGAUAUAUUGCGCCUGGAAGUAAACUUGCAUUGAAGCUACCUUUAUGCCAAGGUCCUUCAGUGCUUGUAGUGGGACAUACUAAUACCUGUAUCCCAAAGGCUAGCCGCAGACUGUGUGGCGUUUUGGGCCAUUGGACCAUUGGAGCGGGAUCCAGCUGUUACCCGAGCCGGCUCACGAGAACGGUCUAUUAUUAUACACAGGUGUUAUAUAGCAUUCUAGACCCUUCAAGACAUAGCUGCGGAACCUGUGACACGACCCGUCGAUUUAGUUUCUCGCUCGCGCUUGCUAACGUCGGGCUGGCUAACAUUGACAUCAGGGCCGCUGGAAACUGGUUGACUAUCAUAGCUUGAAACCUUACUCUAAAAGUAGAAAGCUGCCCCGAACGACCAGAACCCCCCCGACCCGCACCACCGACCGUCGGCAGCUGCAGCAACCAUGAGCGCCGGCAUGGCAUACGGAGCAUUGCCAAAGUUCCCAAACUUCAAGGUGCACAAGCUCCUAGGCAAGGGAAGCUAUGGGAAGGUUUACAAGGUGGAGCGCGAAAGCGAUAAGCAGUUGUACGCUCUCAAGGAGGCAGACCUCGGCUCAAUGUCUCAAGCAGAACGUGCCGACGCGGUCAACGAGGUUCGCCUGCUGGUGUCCAUCACCCACCACAACGUGAUCCGCUACAACGAGGCCUUCCUGUUGGGCAACAAGCUGUGCACGGUGAUGGAGUACGCGCCCUUUGGCGACCUGCGCUACUACAUCUCCAAGGGCGCCAAGCUGCGGACACCCUUCCCCGAGGAGGCCGUGUGGCGCAUCUUCCUGCAGCUGUGCAAGGGCCUGCAAGCUCUCCACAGCCAAAACAUCAUCCACCGCGACAUCAAGCCCGCCAACAUCUUCCUGUGCGCCAACGACCUGCUCAAGAUCGGCGACCUGGGCAUCGCCAAGGCGCUCACCAGCAUGAACUUCGCGCGCACGCAGAUCGGCACGCCCUGCUACAUGGCGCCGGAGGUGUGGAGCGGGCGGCCGUACUCGUACAGCAGUGACAUGUGGUCGCUGGGCGCAGUGCUGUACGAGAUGAUGACGUUCCGGACGCCCAUGGAGGGCCGCACCAUGGCCGACCUGCGCAACCGCAUCAUGGGCGGCCGCUACACGCCCAUCCCCGCCGGCCGCUACUCGGCCGAGCUCACCAACAUCUGCCACAGCCUGCUGGCCACUGACCCGGCCAAGCGGCCGUCGCCCACCAGCAUCCUGGGCAGCUCCGCGGCAGCCAAGUGGAUGCACAUCCUGCCCGCGGCGGGGCCGCCAGUGGCGCGCCGCUGGACCUCGGACGGGGCGCCCCCCAAGUCGGGAGGUGCCAGCCUGAUGGACACCAUUGUGGUGCCGCGCGACCUCAAGCAGCUGCACAAGCGCCUGCCGCCGCCCUCCUACGACAGCGAUAUCGUGCGGCCCUCUGUGCCGCCGCCGUCCUCUUCGGGCGCCGGCGGGCCGCCGGGCGUGCAGCGGUCGUCCUCCUGGAGCCAGGGCGCCGGCAUCCAGGUGCCCGCCGCGCCCUCCUCCGCGCCCAACAGCAAGCCGCCCACUCCCAGCGGCGGGGCACAAGGUAUUGCGCCCAAGCUGCCAUCGCUGCCGGGAUCCAAAGCACCAUCUCGGGAAAACAGUCGCGCACCCUCACCGGACGUGCGCGCGCUGCAGGACAACCGGAAAGGGCCAAGCGGUUCCGGCGCGCCACUGCCGCCCCUCUUUCCGCGCGUGCCGAGUGGCGGCCUAAACCCGGCAGCGGCGGCCGCCGCCGCAGCAGUUGCGGCAUACGGGCAGCGGUGGACGCCCAACGCACCGCCUCUGGCUUUUGCCGUGCCGCGCGUGCAAGUGCCGUCGCGCCGAGUGUCGUAUUCAUGAUGAAGCCGUGGUUUGGGCCUUGUUGCACGUGGGUUGUUGCAAGCAGGGCUAAUUACCGGGUUGUCUGUUGUGGGUGCCGUGGUGCCGACGCCAAAUGUGCGGCAUCACGUGAUUCAUGAGUGCCAGAGGCACGAGAGCAGGACGGCGGGUUCUCUUUAUUGAGUUACGUUGCAGGCUUGGCUGGGCUUGGAUACGCUGCCGCUUUAGCGCAGUACAGUCUAGAGCGCAGCAACAAAACGCAACGCAUAGGUUGCGGCAGCGCUUAAACGCACAUACACCAGGACACACAUUAUUCUGGAGUCGCGGCAGGGGCGCACCCGGGUCACGGUGCUGGGGCGCUCAAAGGUUGCGCACUUGUAAUCUGAGCCGAACCUGUCGCAACGGCCACGCACUCUGCACGAGACUUCGCUGGGGCUUGAUGCAACCCCACACGAUACGCGCUCCUUGCGGCCGUACACCUCGCACCAUUCUUGUUUCCAACACGAUUAGUUGCUGCUGACACGGGCUCAAUGUCAAAGAUGCGCUUCCAGUGCGCAUGCUUGGCGUGGCUCCGCACACGGGUAUGGCGCCGGUCCGGGAGAGCGGUCAAACGGCUGAGUGCUCCUGUCUUGUUCAUAUUGCUCCUAGCUGCUAUGAGGCUUGGCGUGUGAUGGGACAGGGUUUAGGCUGGUUGGCGAGGUCCCGUAGGGUGCAGCUGACGCCCGUACCCCAAGCAGACGGCAAACAGUUUGCAGCGGCAGAGCAGAAGUGCAUGGCUGGUCGAACUAGCUGCUAUGAGGCUUGGCGUCUGCGGGGCGCGUUCCGUACAAAACCACAACCAGUCGGGCGGCUCGGGCCGCAUCUGCAGGCCUGACUUCCGCACAAUGGCCCCCUUCACCUGCCCUAUGCUACAGCCCCACCUGCUAUGCUGGAUGGCGGGUCAGGGUUGGGUGCAGGUAAAGGAGGGCACUGUAAGUCUGUGACAGG